AUGGCUAGAUACGGUGCUACCUCCACUAACCCAGCUAAGUCUGCUUCCGCUCGUGGUUCUUACUUGAGAGUUUCCUUCAAGAACACCAGAGAGACUGCUCAAGCCAUCUCCGGUUGGAACCUACAAAAGGCCCAAAAGUACUUGGAACAAGUCUUGGACCACCAAAGAGCUAUUCCAUUCAGAAGAUACAACUCUUCUAUUGGUAGAACCGCUCAAGGUAAGGAAUUCGGUGUCACCAAGGCUAGAUGGCCAGCUAAGUCUGUCAAGUUUAUCCAAGGUUUGUUGCAAAACGCCGCUUCCAACGCUGAAGUCAAGGGUUUAGAUGCUACCAAGUUGUACGUUUCUCACAUUCAAGUUAACCACGCUCCAAAGCAAAGAAGAAGAACCUUCAGAGCCCACGGUAGAAUCAACAAGUACGAAUCCAUGCCAUCCCACAUUGAAUUGGUUCUAACUGAAAAGGAAGAAGCUGUUGAAAAGGCUACUGAGAAGAAGGUUGUCAGAUUGUCUUCCAGACAAAGAGGUAGAUUGGCUAACCAAAAGAGAAUCACUGCUUAA